AUGGGAAAUUGUGUAAGUGCUGAUAAUCGCAAAUUUUUAGAACAAAUAAGUAAGAACGAAAAUAGUUCUUUAAAUGGAAGAUAUAGUGAAUUUAAAGUUUUUGUUAAACAAAAUAAAAAAUUUAUUCCUGGAACAUUAAGAAUAGGUCCUAAUGAAAUAUUAUUUAUUCGUAAUAAAGAUAAUAUUCAAGUAUGGCCUUUAAAUUAUUUAAGAAGAUAUGGUUAUACAUGUGCUAAUAUAUUUUUUUUUGAAUGUGGUAGAAGAUGUUCAAGUGGUGAAGGAUUAUUUACAUUUCAAUCAUCACAAUCAGAAAUAAUUUUUCAAUUAACUCAACAAAAAAUACAACAAAAUUAUGAAUCACAAAGGAAUUCUCGUGCCUCAUCUAUUGUGGGAAAUUUACAAAAAUCAUCAACAUACUCAAUGUCAAAUACACAAUCAUUACGUGGAAUACAACCUGUUCAAAGAUUUUGUAGUGAGGGAACAGCAAAAAAUGAUUAUCUUUAUCCUCAUCCUAAUUAUGGAGAAAAUUUUUGUUAUGAUUCGUGUAAAAAUGAAUAUUUAUUUAAUAGAUUACCAUAUACAAAUUAUUGUAAAGAUCGCCCAAGAAGUAUAGCUACAAGUGCAUCACAUAACUUAAGAUCAUCACUAUUCCAUCCAAAAGGAUCAUUUUUUAUACCACCAAAGAAUAAAAUGUCAUUAUCAAUGAAAAAUUUUAAUUCAAUCUCUUUACUUGAAAAUCAAAUUUUACAAGAUGACAUUGUUAAUGAGCAUAUUAUAUCCCCCCCAAAUCAAUUGUCAAAUGCAACAUAUGAAAGAAAAAAUUUUUAUGAGGGCAAUUUUUUACCAGACAACAAAAAGAAAUAUCAUUCUUAUGUUAAUGUCAGUAUGUUAGAAAAUAAUGACUAUCUUUUUUCAAAUAUUGACAAUGUUUGUAAUGGCAAUUCAUUGUACUGUGAGAAAAUAGACAAUAGUACAUUUCGUUAUAAUACUCCUACUGAACAUAGUCAUUUACCCAUUAUAUUACCAUAUAUGUAUCAAUCGUCUAUUAGUAAUUCUUCAAAUAAUACAACUAGACAUGACUUAGAUAAAAUAAAAGAAGUCGUAAUGCCUUUACCAAAUAAUAAAAGACAUUACAAUACAUCUAAUAAUGAUACAGUAAUGAAACAUGAUAAUUUUUCGCAAAAAAAAACUUCAACAUUUGGAAAUAUUCGUUUAAAUUAUGCAUUAAUUGAUAUUGAUACAUCAAAAAAUGAAGAUAAAAGAAAAUCAAAUAGUCAGAUUAAUUCAAUAAUAUAA